UGUUAUUAACACUCUUACACUGCAUCACUGCCAUAUCUAUUGGCGUUCAAUCUAAUAAAAUGGCUGCUGCCCUUGGUCCGAUCCGUGGAUGAUAUUGCAGUCCCGUGAGCACCUUAACCGACGUCACCGCUAUGCCGAGGUCCAAUCCCCCCACGCCCUUGAGCUUCUCACCAAAACGCACCACGACCAAAGAGCUGCCUCAGCGACCGCCGAGGGCCUAGGACCUUUCCCAAGCUUGACUUGUUGAUAUAAUUGUGACGGCCUCUUUUCUUGCGCUCCCUCCGAACCCCCCAUCAGCAACUUCUCAAAUGUUCAAUGCCGUAGGCCGCGUGCGAGCUUCUAUCCCCUCUCUUCGCAGCGCACGCUUCCUCCCCCAGCAGAAUUCACGCCUUCUCGCCCCAGCCAUGGCUCCCGCACGGCAGCAAUCGUCGUUGCCCGCCGGCUACAAGGAGGACCUCGCAAAGGGCGCCAUGCUGCGCUUCGAGGACUCCCUCCCUCGCCUCCCCGUCCCCACGCUCGAAGAGACUGCGAAGCGCUACCUGAAAUCGGUCCACCCGCUGCUCUCCAAGGAGCAAUUCGAGAACACAACCAAGUGCGUCAAGGAGUUUGUGGCCCCCGGAGGCCCUGGCGAGGAGCUCCAGAAGCGCUUGAUUGCGCGGAGGGAGAACCCCGAGAUCCGCAACUGGCUCUCCGAGUGGUGGAACGAUGCCGCAUACAUGGCCUACCGCGACCCGGUUGUGCCCUACGUCAGCUACUUCUACUCACACCGUGAUGACCGCAAGCGACGUGAUCCCGCCAAGCGUGCGGCUGCCAUCUCGACGGCCGUGUUGGAGUUCAAGAAGGCCGUGGACAAUGGUUCUCUGGAGCCCGAGUACAUGAAGAAGCUGCCCAUCGCAAUGAGCUCGUACAAGUGGAUGUUCAACUGCUGCCGCAUUCCCAGGCCCGGCUCAGACACGGCCGUCAAGUACGAGGCCAAAGACAGCGCCCAUAUCAUUGUUGUUAGGAACAACCAGUUCUGGAAGGUCGCUCAUGAGAUCGACGGCAAGCAGCUCAACACUCGCGACUUGGAGACCCAGUUCCGGCGCAUCUACGACUCGGGAAUCAAGAAUACCCCCGUCGGACUCCUCACUACCCAGAACCGCGACGUGUGGGCAAAGGUGUAUUCCAAGCUGAGGCAGAAUGACCUCAAUAGCGCUACCCUCAAGGAUAUUGAAUCCGCCUCCUUCGUUGUCUGCCUUGACGAUGCUCGCCCCGUCACACUCGAGGAGCGUGCUCGCCAAUACUGGCACGGUGACGGCGCCAACCGCUGGUUCGACAAGCCGCUUCAGUUCAUCAUCAACGACAACGGCACCUCGGGUUUCAUGGGCGAGCACUCCAUGAUGGACGGAACACCUACGCACCGUCUCAACGACGAAGUCUGCAGAAUGAUCUUCACGGAGGCCCUUCCCUUCGACGACCCCAACGUCCGACCCGACCUCCCUCACCCAACGCCUCUCGAAUGGCAAAUCGACCAGGACCUGCUCCAAGACGUCGAGGACGCCAGACGUCAUUUCCUCGGCCAGAUCAACAACCACGACCUCCGCGUGCAGGCCUACCAGGCGUACGGCAAGGGCCUCAUCAAGAAGUUCAAGUGCUCCCCCGACGCGUACGUCCAGAUGAUCAUCCAGCUGGCGUACUACAAGAUGUUUGGCGUCAACCGACCCACGUACGAAUCCGCCGCCACCCGCCGCUUCCAGGAAGGCCGCACCGAGACGUGCCGCUCCGUGUCGGACGAGAGCGUCGCCUUCUGCAAGGCUCUGGGCGACCACUCGACCAGCCCCGAGAAGGCGCGCGAACUGUUCCGCGCCGCCCUCGACGCCCACGUCAAGUACAUCUCGGAUGCGAGCGACGGCCGCGGCGUCGACAGGCAUCUGUUCGGCUUGAAGAAGUGCCUCAAGGAGGGCGAGCCCGUGCCGGCUCUGUACCAGGACCCGGCUUACUCGUACAGCGGCAAGUGGUACAUUUCGUCGUCGCAGCUGUCCUCCGAGUUCUUCAACGGCUACGGCUGGAGCCAGGUCGUCGACGAUGGAUUCGGCAUCGCCUACAUGAUCAACGAGAAUAGCUUGCAGUUCAAUGUCGUCUGCAAGGUCAAGAACCUGGGUUCCAUGGGCGCUCAAAGGAUGAGCUUCUACCUCAACGAGGCCGCCGGUGACAUCAGGGAUCUGAUGCUGCCGACCCUCGAAGCUCCCAAGGCCAAGUUGUAGGCCGAAUUAGUGGCACAGUUGCAGUCUAUCACACACACACUCUCUCUCUGUGUGUGUGCGGCGUGUGCGUGCGUGUGUAGAUUCCAUGUUUUCAUAUAGAAGGGGCAAAAAGCGAAGCGAAGAAAUAUUUGAUUUGCCCCUUGCAUUUGAGCAGCUCCUGUCUUUUCUGGGUUCGUAUCUAGCGUUCGCGGUCUUAGGGAGCGUUUUGUGGUGUGGAAAAGUCAAAGCAUACUGCAUUCUCAAAGUAAAUAUAUCAUUUGUCACGAAGGCUUUCUCACUUUUUGUCGUGCACUGUACCCGCAACACAAAACCACAAGCUUCACCCAAAAGAGAAGCUGAAGACACUCUAGUUCGAAAGGAACGGACGUCAAUACAUGGCAGAAAGUG